CACCCACCCGCACACUGACCGUAGCCAGUGAUGCUUGACUUCGGUGAUCUGCUGGGAACCGUGUCUUAACGAUCAGUCCACUGCGGGACAUCAGGUGCGUAGAAAUAAGCGACCAAUAACGUAAACAACAACUUUUACCGCCAACUGCAAUUAUGCACUUGCUUGUUUAAAAAUUCUUUACGGUGAUAAACUAAAUUAAAACAGAGUGGCUGAUAGUUAAAACUUUUUAUAUUAGUGGGAAAUUUAUUUCUUGCAGUUCAUGUAAUCAGACUUUUUUAUCAAAUUGCUCAUGCAGUAUGGAAAAAAAAAGUUUUUCUCAGAAAAGUGAACUUGUUUUAAAUAGUGUUAUUCAUCCUGUAAGAAAAUUUUUUUCCUGUAAUAUAUGUAAUAAGAGUUUUUCAGAAGAAAGUUCACUGACUAAACAUAGUCUUGUUCAUGCUGGUGAAAAACAUUAUUCGUGUGGUAUAUGUAAUAACAGUUUUUCACGAAAAGAACAUCUGAUAAGACACGGCCGUUUACAUACUGGUGAAAAACCUUAUUCUUGUAGUAUAUGUGAUAAGAGUUUUUCAAAAAAAAAUGCACUGACUAUACACAGUCUUGUUCAUACUGGUGAGAAACCGUAUUUUUGUAGUGUAUGUAAUAAGAGUUUUUCACAAAAAUGUCAUCUGAUAAUACACCGCCGUGUUCAUACUGGUGAAAAACCUUAUUCCUGUAUUAUAUGUAAUAAAAGUUUUACAGGAAGAAGUGCACUGAAUAAACAUAGUCUUGUUCAUACUGGUGAAAAACCUUAUUCUUGUAGUAUAUGUAAUAAGAGUUUUUCAGAAAGACGUAUACUGACUAAACACAGUCUUGUUCAUACUGGUGAAAAACUUUAUUCUUGUAGUAUAUGUAAGAAAAGUUUUUCACAAAAAUGCCAUCUGAUAAUACACUGUCGUGUUCAUAAUGGUGAAAAACCUUAUUCUUGUAGUAUAUGUAAUAAGAGUUUUUCAAAAAGAGGUACACUGACUAAACACAGUCGUGUUCAUACUGGUGAAAGACCUUAUUCUUGUAGUAUAUGUAGUAAGAGUUUUUCAGAUAGAAGUACACUGAAUAAACACAGGCUUGUUCAUACUGGUGAAAAACCUUAUUCUUGUAGUAUAUGUAAUAAAAGUUUUUCGGAAAGGAGUGCACUGACUAAACACAGUCGUGUUCAUACUGGUGAAAAACCUUAUUCUUGUAGUAUAUGUAAGAAGAGUUUUUCAACAACAAGUACACUGACUAAACACAGUCGUGUUCAUAUUGGUGAAACACCUUAUUCUUGUAGCAUAUGUAGUAAGAGUUUUUCAGCAAGAAGUACACUGACUAAACACGGGCUUGUUCAUACUGGUGAAAAACCUUAUUCUUGUAGUAAAUGUAAUAAGAGUUUUUCACGAAAAUACCAUCUGAUAAGACACAGUCGUGUUCAUGCUGUGGAGAAACUUGAUUCUUGUGAUAUAUGUAAUAAAAGUUAUUCACGAAAAGAUCAUCUGACUAAACAUGUUCUUGCUCACACUGUUUAGAAGCUAUAUUCUUGUAUUUGUAAAAAUUAUUCUCACUUAAGGACUAUCCAGGUAAUCACAGUUGUAUUCAUACUUGUUUUGUAGCAUAUGUAAAAAGAGUUCUUCUCAAAAGGCUGACUUUGCUUUUUCUGUUUGUAUUCACAUUAGAGAGGAAACCUUUUUGUUGUAGCAUAAUGUAAUAAGAGUUUAUCUCAAAAACGUCUUCUUACUAAAUACAAUCUUUUUCAGAAAAGUGAUACGCCAUAUUUUGGAAGUAUAUUUUAAAUGAAUUUUCAAUAAUACUGAUCUAAAUUUUUACAUUCGAGUUCAUACUCGUGAGGAACCUUAUUCUAGUUAUAUAUGCAGUAAAUGUUUCUGAACAAAAAUUAAUCUUACUAAUCAUAUAUUUAUUGAUACCGGUAGGGAGCCUUAUUCUAUAAUUUCAUACUUAUACUGUGUAUUUUGACAUAAUGGAUACAGAAAUAAAGUUUAGAAAAAUUGUGAAAGAUGCUUUUUUAAAGUUUAUUAUUUUUAGUACUAUUUCCAUAUCUUGUACAAAAUAUUUCUAUUUUUCUUAUUGUUUACAUUCAAUUAAAAUAAAAUGCCCUUACAUUAAAAUUGCAUUUGCAAAUUUCUUAAUGAAAUAAAUUUUAAAAUUUUGUAACAGACAUUCUACAAAAUCUAUUCUUAUUUUUUAAGAAUUUUUUGAAAGCAAAUUAGUGUUGUAGCAAUUAUAAUAAUGUUAAGUGAUUUAUCCUCAUAUUUUUUGUAAAUGUUCAACUUUGUUAGCAAUCAAGUUUCUAAUGUUGAAUAACCUAGUUUUUGUUGUGUAUGUAAUAAAAUAUCGUCCCAAAAUA